UGGGGCCGGAACCCGCGCUCGCAGCCGCCUGAGGAAGCGCCCCGAGCCGGAGCGGAGCGUCGCGACCCGCCGGGCUCUGUGAGGGGCGGCGCGCGUGCCCGGCUCGGGAGCGCGCUUCUCCCUCUGCUCCCCAUCCGCGGGGACGGUGAAGGAGGGCGGCGGCGCGAGGAUGGAGCUGUUUCAAGCCAAGGACCACUACAUCCUGCAGAGCGGGGAGCGGGCGCUGUGGUGCAGCCGGAGGGACGGCAGCCUGCAGCUGAGAGCCGCUACUGAUCUUCUUUUGGCAUGGAAUCCUAUUUGCCUGGGCCUGGUAGAAGGAGUCAUUGGUAAAGUCCAGCUUCAUACAGAUUUACCAUGGUGGCUACUUUUAAUUCGUCAGAAAGCAUUGAUUGGCAAACUUCCAGGAGAUCACGAGGUAUACAAAAUAACAAAGGUCGCAGUGAUUCCACUUUCUGAAACAGAGCCUCAGGAUCUGGAAUUGGAGCUUUGUAAAAAGCACCAUUUUGGAAUAAACAAGCCAGAGAAGAUUACACAGUCCCCAGAUGACUCAAAAUUUCUGCUGAAGACUCUUACACAAAUUAAAUCAAAUGUAUCUGCUCCAAAUAAAAAGAAGAUUAAAGAAAGCAAAGAGAAAGAGAGGUUGGAGAAGAGGUUAUUGGAAGAAUUAUUCAAAAUGUUCAUGGAUUCAGAUUCUUUUUACUACAGCCUUACCUAUGAUCUAACAAAUUCUGUGCAGAGACAGAGUGCAUGUGAGAAAACGGACUUGCCACUCUGGCGAAAAGUUGAUGACAGAUUCUUCUGGAACAAACACAUGAUCGAAGACCUAAUCGUCACUAAUGUGAGUUAUUUCUAACAAAAGCUGUGUUUUAUAAGUACUACUUUUAAAAAGAAUUUCAGUUACAAUGUUUAUUUAAGGCUACAUAGAAGUUGACUUAAAAACAUGUUUAGACAGGUCAUAAUCAUGGCUGCACCUUUUGCAACUGACUUACCAGGCGAGUGAUGCACCCUUCUUCCCCCAGCCGAAGUUUCAGUUAGCCUAUGUUACCUGCUAGUUAAUAAAUAAACUCACCUUAGGUGGCUUAUUUUAAUAAAACAAUGCAGAAUAAGCUGUGAUAUGCCAGCUUGUGCUGAUCUGUGAAUGUAAACUUCAGAUCUAUUCUAAACUUUUUCUUAUUUAAAUGAUGGAAUGAUUAUCUUCUGAAGUGGAGAAUACUGUGUUUAUCCUUGAAAAGAAUAGCUGAUCAGCAUAAAUAGUAGUGUGGAACAAGUUAUUUUGAACUUCUUUUCAGAGUAGAUAAAGCUAAUGAGGUUUCCUGACUAAUGAACAGAAUUGAAGAGACAUACAGUAACUACUUAUGGUUGGACUAGAUGAUCUUUUAGGUCCUUUCCAACCUUGUGAUUCUAGGAUUCUAUACUUAUUUCUUUUUUUUCAGCAUGUGGUCUCCUGGAUAAAGUGAACUGUAACUACUGUGUCCAUUUGAGGUUAGGCCAAGUAAGAGGUCCUUUUAAAGAUGAUAGCAGACACUUUACUGUGUCUUCUAUCUGUCUUCGUUUAUUAAUAAAUUUCUGCUUAGCCUUGUUCUAUCUUGCUUCAUUUCCACAGGAGGAAAAAAAAAUCUUAAGCUGUUUUCUUUAUCUUAUUCCUAGUUUG